AUGAAAUUUAUGGAGGAGGCAGAGCAGCUCAUCCUAGCAUCAAAUCGUUCCCACUUUGCUUUUGGAGAGAGCUUCUUGAUGGCAAAGGGAAUACAGCUCACAGACAACGACCUCCUACGUUCUGCUUGGCCCUACGAGUCAGAGGUGGUGGUCUCCGAAAAGCUGUUAUCAGGCAGUGACUAUGCUCUCCAGCUGGCUGCACAGUCGGUCUUGCAUUUCUACUGGCAGAGUCGCAUUACUUCAAAACAUUCUGCUGGGGAAGCAACACAGCUGGGAUUUCUCCCGUACAUCCCACAGUGUGAUGGCCUGGGAAACUGGGAGCCAACUCAGUGCUAUGAGAGCACAGGUCAUUGCUGGUGUGUGGAUGAGAGAGGACAUUAUGUCAUGGAUUCCUUGGUCUCACGCUCAGCAGAACUUCCCAAGUGUCCUAGUUUCUGUAAUAUGCUGAAGUCUAAAAGUGGUUUGCGAGAAGCUGGCAAAGGCUACAUCCCACAGUGUGAAGGGGACAACGGGACUUUCUCACCUGUGCAGUGCAGCCAGAAUCAAGAGAGCUGCUGGUGUGUCUUUGACAAUGGAGAAGAGGUGCCAGGGACACAAGUCCGCAGUGUGGUCUGCCAUUCGGUGCCUCCUCUGUUCUCAACGGAGCUGUAUUUUGUGAAAACAUUUCUGGGCAAGCUUCAAGCAUUCAGCGGUGCCGGCUGGUGUGUCGCCAGGGCUUCCACAGUGCCUCUGCCAGCACGUCGUUUCAGUGUGAUGUGCAACAGCGUCGAUGGGUCUCGGCUGCCCCGCUUUAUCAGGCCUGCCAGAGUAAAUGUGUUUGGAAAUACCGGCUCGAUUUCUGUCUGUGAUGAUUCCACCGUCUUUGUGGAAUGCCUGAGCGUGGACCGCCUCGGGGUGAAUGUCACGUGGAGGACUCAGCUGGAGAACAUCCCGGCAGCUUCCCUCCCUGACUUACAUGAUAUUG